UUAGUUAGGCCUCCGCGAUAGGGCCCUGGCGUUUUGCCCUCGACCAUCAUGGCGGCGGCGGCGGCGGCAAUUGCGUGAGGCGGGAAAAGGACAGCGUCCGUCGUUGUCGUCACGUGACGGAGCCAAGAUGGCUGGCUUUCCCUGGCAUGCAAGAUCAAGAAAUUACACCCGUGAAUUAGAAUCAUGCAGAUUGGAAACCGUGUCUGUGGAGUUUGGAGACUACCAUCCACUCAAACCCAUCAUUGUCACUGAAUCGAAGACAAAGAAAUUAGGACGUAAGGGAAGCACGUCUUCGACAUCCUCUUCGUCCUCCAGUUCGGUGCAGGAUCCUCUGAGCAGCGUGUUGGACGGCACGGAUCCUUUGUCGUUAUUUGCAGCAACUGCAGACCCAAUGCUGACGGAGAGCACCAGAAAGAAACGUGACAAAGAAGAGAAUUCAAGUGUGGGAAGCGACUUUGAGCCUUGGUCAAGCAAGCGGGGUGACAUCCUCUCUCGAUACACCACCAAUGAAAAGCUCUCGAUUAAUUUGUAUAUGGGAUCCGAAAAAGGAAAAGCAACUACUCCUGGAUCCGCAGUUUCCGAGAAAGUUCGGACAAGGCUGGAAGAACUGGAUGAUCUUGAAGAGGGGUCUCAGAAAGAGCUGCUCAACCUGACUCAGCAAGAUUAUACACACCGGAUCGAAGAACUCAAUCAGUCUUUGAAGGAUGCCUGGGCCUCGGAUCAAAAAGUAAAAGCUUUAAAGAUAGUUAUUCAGUGUUCUAAACUUCUUUCAGAUACAACCGUGAUUCAGUUCUAUCCAAGUAAAUUUGUCUUGAUAACAGACAUCCUGGACACUUUUGGGAGGCUAGUGUAUGAAAGAAUCUUCUCCAUGUGUAGUGAUACCCGCAACUCCUUUCCAGAAAAUUUUACCCCUGAAAGUGUGAAUGACACGGCCAAAGAAACCUGCUUAAAUUGGUUCUUCAAGAUUGCCUCCAUCCGAGAACUGAUCCCCAGGUUUUAUGUGGAAGCAGCCAUACUGAAGUGCAACAAAUUUCUUUCCAAAACUGGGAUUUUGGAAUGUCUUCCACGCCUGACGUCCAUGAUCCGUGGAAUCGGAGACCCAUUGGUUGCAGUCUAUGCUAGGGCGUAUCUCUGCAGGGUUGGGAUGGAGGUCGCGCCUCAUCUGAAAGAAAGCCUUAACAAGAACUUUUUUGACUUCCUUCUAACUUUUAAACAAAUUCAUGGGGAUACAGUUCAGAACCAGCUGGUGGUGCAAUGCGUGGAAAUGCCAUUAUAUCUCACACUUUAUUCUCCUGCGAUCGAUUGGAUUUUACAAUGCAUUUCUUACCGAGCUGCCGAGGUUCUGCUGACGGAAACGAUGGAAAGAUGCAAGAAGCUUGGCAACAAUGCCCUGCUGUUGAAUUCCGUCAUGUCUGCCUUCAGAGCGGAGUUUAUUGCUGCCAGGUCCAUGGAUUUCAUCGGCAUGAUUAAGGAGUGCGAUGAAUCCGGCUUCCCCAAGCACCUGCUCUUUCGCUCUCUUGGGCAGAACCUGGCCUUGGCUGAUCCGCCGGAGGGAGACCGGCUUCAGAUCUUAAAUGAAGCGUGGAAGGUUAUCACGAAGUUAAAGAGUCCCCAGGAUUACAUCAACUGUGCAGAAAUCUGGGUGGAAUAUACCUGCAGGCAUUUCACGAAGCGCGAGGUCAACACUGUUUUGGCCGAUGUCAUCAAGCACAUGACUCCAGAUCGGGCCUUUGAAGACGCCUAUCCCCAGCUUCAAUCAAUCAUUCAGAAAGUCAUCACCUACUUCCAUGAUUUCUCUAUUCUCUUUUCACUGGAGAAAUUCCUGCCAUUCUUGGAUAUGUUCCAGAAGGAAAGUGUCCGAGUGGAGGUUUGCAAGUGCAUCAUGGAAGCGUUUAUUAAGCACCAACAGGAGCCAACCAGGGACCCUGUCAUACUCAAUGCGCUUCUGCACGUGUGCAAAACGAUGCACGAUUCCGUGAAUGCCCUGACGCUAGAAGAUGAAAAAAGGACCUUAGCCUCGUUGAUAAAUGGAUUUUUAAGAAUGGUUUCAUUUGGACGUGACUUUGAGCAGCAGCUGAGUUUCUAUGUGGAAGCCAGGUCCAUGUUUUGCAAUCUGGAACCCGUUCUUGUCCAGCUGAUUCAUUGUGUGAACCAGCUGGCGAUGGAAACAAGAAAAGUGAUGAAAGGGAACCAUUCCAGAAAGACGGCUGCAUUCGUCAGGGCCUGUGUUGCUUUCUGCUUCAUCACAAUUCCGUCGCUGACAAGCAUCUUUUCUCGCCUUAAUCUGUACUUGCACUCUGGACAGGUGGCUUUAGCAAACCAGUGCCUUUCGCAAGCCGAUGCCUUCUUCAAAGCGGCGGUGAGCCUGGUCCCGGAGGUUCCCAAGAUGAUCAACAUCGACGGGAAGAUGCGGCCCUCGGAAGCAUUUCUCCUCGAAUUCCUUUGCAAUUUCUUCUCCACUCUGCUAAUAAUUCCUGACCAUCCUGAGCAAGGCGUCCUGUUCCUCGUGCGAGGGCUGCUCAACGUCAUCCAGGACUACACGUGGGAAGAUAACAGCGACGACAAAGUUCGGAUUUAUACCAACGUGGUGCACCUCCUUUCCGCCAUGAGUCAGGAGACCUACAUCUACCAUGUGGACAAAGUUGAAUCCAAUGAUACUUUGUAUGGCGGAGAUACCAAAUUCCUGGCAGAAACGAACAAGCUGUGUGAAACGGUGAUAGCCCAGAUCCUGGAGCAUCUGAAAACCCUAGGAAAGGAUGAGACUUUGAAGCGCCAGAGCCAGCUGGCCCUCUACUUCUUCAGCACCAUCGUGGCCCACGGAGAUCUGCGCAACAACAAACUCAACCAGCUUGCUGUUAACUUGUGGAACCUGGCGCAGAAGCACGGCUUCGCUGACACAAAAACCAUGGUCAGAACCUUAGAGCACAUCAAGAGGCAAAGCAAACACCCCGAGUUGAGCCAUUUCUCAGAGCUGGCCCUGCGCCUCCCGCUGCAGUCCAGGACCUGAUAGAGAGACUACAAGGCCCUUCUCCAAGGUCUCGCUGGAGGCUUUGUUCCUUCUUCCAGUCCAAAGCCAUGUUCGGUUUUGGCGCAUGGGCGGGAAGACCUUGUGCCACCGACGCAGAAGAACUCCUCUUGAACCCUCCCAGGAACCUCAGGAACUUGUCUUUCCGCUCUGAACUCCCAAACGCUGCUGUGCCCCACUGGCCAAAAUGCCUGCCCUAAAGGAAGAGCCAGGGAAGAUAAUGAGCUCCACGCAACACAACGCCACAAAAGGAAGAUGAUCAUAACGGCGAACGCAAGGCACAUUUGCAGUGUUUCAGUUUCUAGAUGAUAAUAUAAAUCCUGAUCAAUCACAGCAAUGCAGCAACAGUGUUGCUAGAGUAGGCAUGGGCAAACUUUGGUUCUCCUUCCAGGGGUUUUGGACUUCAACUCCCACCAUUCCUAACAGCCUCAGGCCCUUUCCUUUCCCCCCUCAGCCACUUAAGUGACAUGCAUCCAACCUCCACUGAGGUGUAAAGCAGGCUGACUACAAAAUGGAGUUCUGAGUCUGAACAUGCUCAGUACAAUCAAAUGUCUAUAACCCUGCCCACACCACACGCUUAAGCGGCUGAGGGGGAAAAGGAAGAGACCUGAGGCUGUUAGGAAUGGCGUGAGUUGGAGUCCAAAACACCCGCAAGACUGAUACUCAGACUGAGUCACACAGAAGAGAGAAAGAGGGAUUCUUUCAUCCUCCGCUUAAGCGGCUGCGGGGGAAAAGGAAGGGGCCUGAGGCUGUUAGGAAUGGUGGGAGUUGGAGUCCAAAACACGUGGAGGGAGGCCCAAGUUUGCCCAGGCCUGUUCUAGGCACUAACUAACCCAGAUAGGCCACCAUCAAAUGUUUGGGAUUCCCUGUCACUUGUCAAAUGACUCCUGAGUUAGAAGGACAUUGGCCAAUGCAAACCACUUUCGGGGAUUUACAAAAGGAGAGGGAAUAAAGGGAAAAUGCUACCCUUCAGGCAUAAUAACAGUCAUUACAGCUCACUAGAGGCUGGCGUUUACUGGCCUGUCUUCAGCAUCUCUAGGGACUGGACUAAUUGAUUCAAUAGCGUGACUUUAAACUCCCAAUCAGACGAGUGACCCAUGCGCAAGCCCUGGACAUGACCAGCAUAUGGAACUGACAGCAGCAAAUGGCUGCACAGUCUUGUCUGACCAGGUCAUUGUAGAUUGACACUCACCCAUUCCCCCUCCUCCUCGAUGGCUUUUGUUUUGCCAGACGCCUGGUCAAGCUCUUCUUGGAGAGCCUGCCGCCUUGACUGGAGCAGAGAAAGGAAAACAUGGCCAGCAAGAUACAGCCCCAUCUUGUCUUAUCUACUGUGUCUUAUUUACCUAAUUGGAUUAUAAACCUGCAGGCAAAUUCACAUUUUCUGACUGAAGAGUGGGAUAUAAAAACUUUCUUUAUCUCUAUAUAUAAAAAUGUAAUGUGCAUUUUCCUCAUGGAGUAAACAACAAAACCACUGAACCAAAUCACACCAAAUUUCGCCACAAAAGACAUAGUCAUCCAAUCUAUGUCUUUCAAUCAAAAAAACCUAGAAAAAUAAAGUCAAAAUUAAAGAGGAUGAGGAAAAGCCGUUGCAGCACAUCCAGAUAUCUGGGAGUCACUCUGGACCAUGCCCUGACUUACAAGAAGUGCUGCUUGAAUAUUAAGGCAAAGGUGGGUGCUAGAAAUAACAGUGUACGGAAGUUGACUGGCACAACCUGGGGAUCACAACCAGACACAGUGAAGGCAUCUGCCGCUAUAUACAUAUAGACAAUAUACAAUAUAAUUUACAAUAAUAUAUAGUAUUAUAAUAUAUUGUAUAUGCAUAUAAUAUUAAUAUUAUUUUGUAAUACAAUAUAAUACUAAUAAUGCAAUAUAAUAUUAAUUAUAUAUUACAUGUAAUAUUAUUAAUAUUACAAUAUAUAGAUAUAGUACAAUAUGGUAAUUUAUUGCCAGUAUUGUGCUAUGCUAAUACAGUAGAGUCUCACUUAUCCAAGCCUCGCUUAUCCAAGCCUCUGGAUUAUCCAAGCCAUUUUUAUAGUCAAUGUUUUCAAUAUAUCAUGAUAUUUUGAUGCUAAAUUCGUAAAUACAGUAAUUGCAACAUAACAUUACUGUGUAUUGAACUACUUUUUCUGUCAAAUUUGUUGUAUUACAUGCUGUUUUGGUGCUUAAUUUAUAAAAUCAUAACGUAAUUUGAUGUUUAAUAGGCUUUUCCUUAAUUCCUCAUUAUCCAAGAUAUUCGCUUAUCCAAGCUUCUGCCGGCCCGUUUAGCUUGGAUAAGUGAGACUCUACUGUAUAUUGUAUAUGCAUAUAAUAUUAAUAUUAUUUUGUAAUACAAUAGAAUACUAAUAAUGCAAUAUAAUAUUAAUUAUAUAUUAUAUGUAAUAUUAUUAAUAUUACAAUAUAUAGAUAUAGUACAAUAUGAACACGCCUACCGUAUUUUAUAAUGUGUUUUAUGAAUACUGAUGUAAGUUAAUAAUAAUUUUUAACUGAUUUAUAUUGCACUGUAUAAUUUUUAUAUAUGCGUUUUAUUGUAAGCCGCCCUGAGUCCCCUGUUGGGUGAGAAGGACGGGAUAUAAAUAUUGUAAUAAAUAAAUAAAUGGUAAUUUAUUUCUAAUAAUAUAAUAUUGUAUGUAAAUUUAAUUUCUAAGCCACUCUGAGUCCCCUUUGGGGUGAGAAGGGUGGCAUAUAAAUGUAUUAAAUAAAUAAAUAAAUA